AUGGAGAUUGAUCCAAAUUUUGAAAAAUUACCCGAAUUCCACUAUGGGCAGCUGCCGAGGAACCUCCCCAGGGAACACUCGAUUGUGCUGCCAAACGGCUCAAAUGAAGCAUCGUCGCUACUCGUCUCUGCUGCAGUUGGAGAUGCAAUCACAGAUGGCUCAAGCGAGUCCCUGCUACCUUUUGCAAAGGCAAGCGACAAUGUCAAAGCUCCAACCACUCCCACGCACACCACGACCCCUACGUCUACGCUUACACCCACGCCUACGGCAAAAGUUAGAGUUGUCCCUUAUGACCCCGAGGCAAAGCCUGAAAGGCUCGGGCGGCCGAGAAAACACAUUACGAAGCUACCAUCGCCGCCGGAAUCUUCCUCGACGCAAAACUAUAACGAGGCCAUGAUGUCCAAGUUUAGGUUCGACCAUCAGCCAGUCGAGGGUCCUGGUUCUAGAGGUGGGAAAGGCACGCCUCGGGUAACAAAGGGACUCGUGACGCUGCUGCGGUCGAUAGGGAAGCCAAAACAGCAGUCUGUGUUGAAUUUCAGUCCAGUGCCAAAGCCAACGCCAAAGUCGGGCCCAGCGCCAACUUUAGACACUCAUCAGGCAGCUCCUGGCAAGUCUAGUUCAAUAGACGAUGCGUUGAACAAAGAAAACCAGCAUCCCAAGAAGAUGCUACUUUCCAAGGGUCCUCGAGCCACGCCCAUGAAGCUGCCGUCUCCAUCUCAACCUCCGUCUACCUCUAGAAAAGACCAUGGCCAGUCCAUUUCCAUCGGCAUAAGCCGAGCUGCUCCACCAGUAAAGAAAAGUUCAAAAACUUCAAAAACUUUGCCGUCACCUUUAGUGCCCAUCAGCCUCAUGUCGGAUGCUCACAGGUCCAAUUUCGGGGUGUCGGUUGAGAAAAGCAAUCCACUUGCGUUGGGGUACCCAGUAAAAGAGUCACCCUACGCUGAAAGCAUUGUGUUUCUAGUGUCAUUUUUGUUAAAAUUCAAGCAAUUGGUGCCUUUAGAAGCCAACCUAGGACCACUAGAUUUUGAAAUGGGGUUGAGUUUGCCCAAGCCUGGUUUAGGGCAACCACCGAAAGACGAUUCCAGUGCCGAGGCGUAUGACGCCAAUUACGUGUCGAAAGAAAUGGAUGCUCUUUUUAAAAAAUUGUUGGGUUUGGUUCUUAACCGGAAGAAAGAGGUGCAAAGUUCAACAAGUGCUAUUCUGGAGUUGAAGCCUCAAACUAAUAAGCUAGGCAUGCCAAGUGAAUGGAAAAAGCUUGAACCUUUGGAAGUUGAAAGCUGUGAUGCUGGUAGUCCCGUUUACCCUGCACAUCCCGAACUUCUCAUGGAUGCCUUUCCAAAAGUUGAGAGUGACUAUGUCACUGUAUUCAAUCCAUUCUACGAUAGCAACUUUGAAUCCAAGGGUUUGCCCGCCUUGUUGCCCCAUGAUCGCUUGAUUUUGUUGCAAACGUUGGCUCGGUGGUCUUUGACCAGGUCGGAAGCCAUCAAGGGCUACCUCGUUCCAAAUAUUCUAGCUCAAGAGUUGCCCGGUGAGAAAGAUACCUAUUAUGCAGCGAGGUCCGUAAUUUACGGAUUCCAAAAUUGCCACGAUGCCAAAUCUCAAGCUGAAAAAAAGUUGUCCAAGAUGAAAUCUUCUGAAGAAAACUUGAAAUACGUUGAUCCAACGUCUGACCCAAGUCUGCACUCUAUGAGUCUACGGUUGCUAGAUCUCGUUGCUGGAGAUCUUGACUUUGAAGGAGGGCUUUUCUACUUGUGUCGCAUGUCCGAUGAAAAUACGGGCGGUCUUGGAAGCGUCAAGAAAAUGUCGAGCGCCUUUAAAGGGUCUGACUCGACCAUUGGCGGGCCCCGUUCAUCAAGCUUCAAGUUGUACGUUCAGGAUGUCAAAGGCAUGCUCGAGUAUGACUCAGCAAGAUACGGCGUGCAGUUUGAUGCAGAAGGCAAUGAGAUUAGACUGAACAAAAUAGAUGCAAAGGAAACAACAAAUAGCUUUUGGUUCGAAGUUGCCAGUGACUGUGACGAGUUGAAUGAUUUCAUUGCUUUCUUGGGAGACAAAAUUCAAGAGACGAGGUUCGAGAGCCGCGAAUUAUCGUUUUGCAAAGCGCUGCGGAGACUACAUGCGUAUUUAUCUGAAAUUUCACCUUUGCUACAGAGACAAGAAGAAUUGUCUACCACGAGCAGACUGAAACGAAGACGACUAGAUCGCGGGGCAUCAAGUUCAAACUCGACUCGCUAUACCGACCUGUUUGGCAACCCUUAUACUUGGAUAGAUGACGACCGUCUGGAUGAAGAGUACGCUGAAGACGAAGUAGACAACCUCGAUGACAAUCUCGAUAACGAUAACGAUAACAAUGAUGAUGACGACAAAGAGUAUAUAGACUGA